AUGAUGGACGUUAACAGCAGCGGCCGCCCCGACCUCUACGGCCACCUCCGCUCGCUCAUCCUGCCGGAGGUGGGGCGCAGGCUGCAGGACCUCAGCCCCGACGGUGGCGCCCACGCUGUGGUGAGCUCCUGGAUGCCGCACCUGCUGAGCGGCGUCCCGGAGGUGACAGCUAGCCCCGCGCCCACCUGGGACGCGCCCCCGGACAAUGUCUCCGGCUGCGGGGAGCAGAUCAACUACGGCAGAGUCGAGAAAGUUGUGAUCGGCUCCAUCCUGACGCUCAUCACGCUGCUGACGAUCGCGGGCAACUGCCUGGUGGUGAUCUCGGUGUGCUUCGUCAAGAAGCUCCGCCAGCCCUCCAACUACCUGAUUGUGUCUCUGGCGCUGGCUGACCUCUCGGUGGCUGUGGCGGUCAUGCCUUUCGUUAGCGUCACCGACCUCAUCGGGGGCAAGUGGAUCUUUGGCCACUUCUUCUGCAACGUCUUCAUCGCCAUGGACGUCAUGUGCUGCACGGCCUCGAUAAUGACCCUGUGCGUGAUCAGCAUCGACAGGUACCUUGGGAUCACGAGACCCCUCACAUAUCCUGUGAGGCAGAACGGGAGGUGCAUGGCCAAAAUGAUUCUGUCGGUCUGGCUUCUCUCGGCCUCCAUCACCUUACCUCCGCUCUUCGGAUGGGCUCAGAAUGUGAACGAUGACAAAGUGUGCUUGAUUAGCCAGGAUUUUGGCUACACGAUCUACUCCACCGCCGUGGCAUUUUAUAUCCCCAUGUCGGUCAUGCUGUUCAUGUACUAUCAGAUUUACAAGGCCGCCAGGAAGAGCGCAGCCAAACACAAGUUCCCAGGCUUCCCGCGCGUGCAACCGGAGAGCGUCAUCUCUCUGAAUGGUGUGGUGAAGCUGCAGAAGGAGGUGGAAGAGUGUGCAAAUCUUUCGAGACUGCUCAAACACGAAAGGAAAAACAUCUCCAUCUUCAAGAGGGAACAGAAAGCAGCCACCACCUUGGGGAUCAUCGUGGGAGCCUUCACAGUGUGCUGGCUGCCGUUUUUCCUCUUGUCCACAGCAAGGCCCUUUAUCUGUGGCACUGCCUGCAGCUGCAUUCCGCUGUGGGUGGAGAGGACAUGUCUGUGGCUGGGCUAUGCAAACUCGCUCAUUAACCCUUUUAUAUAUGCCUUCUUCAACCGGGACCUGAGGACCACCUACCGCAGCCUCCUCCAGUGCCAAUACCGGAAUAUCAAUCGGAAACUCUCUGCGGCAGGCAUGCACGAGGCCCUGAAACUUGCUGAGAGGCCCGGGAGAGUCGAGUUUGUGCUACAAAACUCUGACCACUGUAGAAAAAAAGGUCAUGAUACAUGA